AUGGUCUAUCCUCCACCGCCGCCGCCAAUCUCAUUCGCCGAGAUGAACGUCCCUCCACCUCCUCCAUUGCCCACAGCAGACGAUCCUCAUCCAUUUCUUGUCCCGGAAGCACCACGGAGUGCGAUAUCGGAGAAGCUAGAUAUCGAGCAGCAAUCGUUGCGGGAUCUCCGUGACAAGUUGGUGGGCACGCGCUUCUCCUUAGCCGCGAAGCGCCAGGAACUCCGCGAUCUUCAUAUACAGACGAGUGCGAAGGAUGGCCACGUUUUCAAUCUGUUACGGCAGUAUCUUAAUGAGAUAGGUGCCAAUCUACCGCAAGAUAUUGAGGAUGCUCUCGUUGACGCGUCUUCACUAAGAGACCGACAUGGCCUCAUAGAAGCAGGAUACGAUGAAGCCGAAGCCAGUUACAACACCUUAGAGUGGAAAUACUCUCGCAGAGAAACAAGGUUCGUUGAGGAAGUUUUGAACAACAGAUUUGUGCCAAGCGAAACGCUGGACCGAAGUCGAAGUGCAGACAACCUGGAAAUCCUGCAAUUGACAACCCAUUCCAUGACAGGUGAUACUAACACCGAUUCAAUAAUAGCGGAUCUCACAGCUUCCGGUGAUGAAGUGGGCGAUAGCCGUGGCACGCAACUAUCCGACUUUCUAGCAGAGCAAGCUCUGAUGUCGACACACAAAGCAGAUGCAAGAUUCCAACAAUCUCACUCCCGCCCGAGCAAUCGUAGGGAUUUGAUGUUGCUCAACACGAAUAAUGUCGGUCGGUUCCACCAGACACAUAGCCAUUUGCGUUGGGUAGAGAAAAUGAACGACAUCGAUGAGUGGCUACUCGAGAUGGUGGACGCUUCGCCUCUUCUAAAGCUCUGUCUGAAGGCGAUACACGACUUUGGAUUCACAGACACACGGAUAUGGUGGGAGCAUACCAAAUGGCUUUUGAUUCAAGACUACUCAAAACGUUUCCACACUGGCGACUCCACGAUUUCCAUCAAUCACACGGAUCAACACAUAACCAAGUCUACCAAAGACGGGUUGAGUCCGACGCCGUCUGGUCGCGAACAACAUAGCGCAGAUGAAGUGAUGCUUGGUCUCCAACUAUCUAGUGUAUCCGAUACUGCACUGGUGACCAAUAUCAUGGAACUAGGCGACUCCCACGAUGCAAAAGAUCAAGCUUCCCGCUGA